AGAGAAAAACCCUAGUCUCCACAGAGAGUAAAAGAAGAGAGGGAUGGGGAGCGAUAGCGAAGUAGAGAAGUCGCACCAGAAGGAGAGAGAGAGGAAGAAGACACAGGCUCUGGCUCCGAUAGCGAAGCCCCUCGCCGGCAAGAAGCUCGGAAAGCGAACUCUCAAGCUUGUCCGCAGAGCUGCUGAACACAAAUGCUUGAAGAGAGGAGUGAAGGAGGUAGUUAAAAGCAUAAGGCGAGGUCAAAAGGGAUUAUGUGUUAUAGCUGGGAACAUUUCUCCUAUCGAUGUGAUCACUCAUGUUCCAAUCUUAUGUGAAGAGGCUGAAAUUCCAUAUGUUUAUGUGUCCUCCAAAGAAGAUCUUGCAAAUGCGGGGGCAACCAAGAGGCCAACAUGCUGCGUUCUGGUGAUAACCAAGCCGACCAAGGGUGAGUUGGCACAAGAAGAACAAGAGAAACUAAAGGCAGAUUAUGAUCAGGUUGCAGGAGAAGUUUCUGAGCUUUUUUCCUCCACUCUUUUCUGAAGGCUGGAAAAAUUUACUUGUCCCUGUACUACUGACUAUCUUGUAUGAGGUUUUUCCUUUUUGGUGCCUCGAGUGCUGGGCUAUGUAGUUUGUUUCAGCAAAUGUUAAGACACAAUGUGUUUGUUUGUGUACCUAUUGGAGUAGAACAUCAGCAGAUUUGCUUUUCUCGAUGGAAUAUGAGAUCCUUGUUUUACUACUUAA